UGGCGUUCCAUACGCAAAGAGAACGUAUCAUCAUGUGAAAAAUGACGUCCAGCUAGCUAGGCCUUGGUGAAGAAGGUUUCCAGAUGGACGUGCAAUGGCUUUCAUACGCAUUUACAACAUUCUUCUGUUUGCACAUUUGCAGUACAGAAGAUCAGAGCACUGUAAUGAAUGACAUUCUUUCACCGUACAAACUUGGUCACCACAACCCGCAGAAAUCUCACCGCCAAGUACGCGACUGCCAGCCAGUAAAAUAUGGAAAUGUCACCCACACAGUCACCCCAUCACAUGGCCAAAAUAGCAGUACGAUUACGCUUCCGAUAACGACGACAAAUCGUUUUGUGAGAGACUUCCAGUUUUCUGUGUUUGAGAAGCGUACUUCUAUGGGACAUAUUACAUUUGUUAAUAAUCCGAGUCGAACUAUAUCAGUGUUAGAGCCAUUUGAAAAGGGCGGGUGUAAAGAAAACAGAAGAGCAACUGUGUUGAAGUCUUCCAAGCAGAAAAAAUGUCUUGUGGCCAUUAAUGCCGGUUUCUUCAACACGCACACUGGUGAGUGUCAUGGGAAUAUUGGGUUCAGAUAUUUAUCAGAGGAGGAUGUUGAAGAUACAAGCAAUCCAUUUGUGCAAUUAGUCGGAGGAGUCGGGUGGCUUCUCAGGAAUGGUGAGGUGUAUUUAGACGAGAGCAUAAAAGUAGAAUGCGAUGAGACCGAAGAGACAGGAAGAGCAAGGGAGUUUUUUGAUGUGAUUUCUGCAAGAACAGUCAUAGGUAGCGAUGCAGAUGGUAGAGUUGUACUUGCUCAGAUUGAUGGACAGACAAACAAAUUUGGAGUGAACCUAGAGACGAUGGCUAAUUUCUUGAAGGAGCUUGGAGUGGUUAAUGCAAUCAACCUAGAUGGGGGUGGCUCAGCAACAUACGUUGUCAAUGGAACAGUUGUAAAUUAUCCAACAGACACAUGUUCCAGUCCACGAUAUCAGUGUGGUCGUCAGGUUUCAUCAAUUGUCUGUGCUCACGAGCCAGAAUGCAAGCCAACAAAUUGCAGUAACCAUGGUGAUUGUGUGCUUGGAUCAUGCCGUUGUCAUGAGAACUGGAAAGGUGCUGGAUGUGAUCAGCUUUAUUGCGGCAAGAAUAACUGCAGCAACCAUGGACAAUGUACCAGUGGUGGCUGUGUUUGUGAGGCUGGCUGGGAGCCUCCAUUCUGUAUAUCCCAGUGUGCCAUGGGUCGUUAUGGGACCAGUUGUGAGGGCAUUUGUGAAUGUCGUAAUGGUGCUGCUUGUGAGGUGACAACAGGGGAGUGCCACUGUCUUCCAGGCUAUCGUGGUGUUUUCUGUGAUGAAGUUUGCCCAGUUGGAUUCUAUGGCCACAAUUGUCAAGAGGCGUGCUACUGUCCCGGACAGUCUUGCUUCUGCCAUCAUGUGACGGGCAACUGCGACAACUCAAAUAACAGCACUGAUGACAACACCUACCUUCUCCAAACUGCAACAUGUUUAUCGAAGGAAAUGGUUAAGAAGCCAGAAGAACCUGCGGUACACACCGACCAAGAUGAAAACUUAUACAUUGGCUUUGUGAUUAUGAGCAGUGUGGCAGCACUAAGUAUUCUAUGCAAUAUGUUUCUGUUAUGUUUCCAGUGUGCAUGUCGGUGCCACUCCAAACCUUUCCAUUCCAAAUCCAGACCGUACGUAAGAUUAAAUGCCGCAAUUGACUCAGAGUAGUCGAAAAAAGGAAGCGCUGACCAUCGCUUUACAAUGCAAGGGAGUAGGAUUACCAAUUACUUUACAAUAAGGAGUUUUACAAUAAGGAGUACCACUCGCUUAAGUGUCAGUCUUUUUGUACUAUGAAAAAGUGUCACUCGGACUGAACUGACAAUAUUAUGGAGUGUCACUGCUGAGGUAACUGAGAGUGUGCUACACUGUACAACCUGUGGGGCUCACUCUUAAAUUUUUCUGUACAGGGAGGUGCCGCAUUUACUAGGUAUAUUUUCGAGGACUUGUUAGCGCAAGUGUGGGAAAUAUGGAGGGAGUUGCAGCAUUUAUAGGGUAUACUUGCGAGGACUUUGUAGCACAAGUAUGGGAAAUAGCCGAAGUGAAAUUGGUAGAAAGUCCCUGGCUUAUUCUGUGUCAAAGUGCCACGAUUUUCCGCACAAUGUUAGCGGGAAUGUCAAGCUAGACUAGAUGCUAAGCCAAUUGCUAAACCUACCUUUGGUACAGCCACGAGAUCACGACCGGACGGAACACUUUUUGCCAUCAGGAACCAGUAAAUAUUGUGAUCUCUCUGGCACUAUUGAGUGGCCUUUUUCCUGUUGUCUUUUAGAGCACAGUGCGAUUAGUUAAAGUCCAUAAGAAUUUUCAGUAAAAUAGGUAGCGCAAGUGGCUGCGGCACCCCCUGUUUGGUUGGUAUGCAAGUGACCUCCCCGGGUGUACACUACCCUAUGAAAAAGUGUCACUCGCAUUACACUAUGCAUUAUACUAUAGUAUAUUAUAUGUGUCACUGUGAUAAGAGUGCUCAUUCUGCACUACACUAUAAAAGAGUGACACUCCAAAUUCAUUAUCACUUGCCAUUACACUCUUAUGCAGUGCCACUGAGAUUACAAAGAGCAUCACUCGCAUUAUACUUAUAGUUGAUCGAUUUCCUAGUCCACAUAUCAAGCACCCUGAGCAUCUUACAUUAGAUGGCUAUGUGUGCUAUAUAAAACUACACUAUUAUUAUUAUUAUUAUAGAGCCCUGCUUCUCAAACUUUUUGGGGUGGCGACCUACUCUCAGACUCCCUACUCUUUCACGACCCAAAACAUAUAUAGUCACCACAUUGCUUGCCAUGCUAUGUUUUGAUUACUUAGGCCCAGGGGUAGCAGCACUGUCCGAUGGGGGCCUUCCCCCUGGCUCCACCCCUGCUUAGGCCUACAAAAUUUGCCACAAGCUCAAUAAAAUCAUGCUGACUUUUGCUUAUUUUUUUUUUAGAAAUCUAUGCCAAUAUAAUUUGAUAGCCAUGGCAGAUGUUCCUACCUAAUUUUAAGUCAGAAGCAGUGUCACGACCCUCAGAAAUAUUUUGAUGGCCCAUAGUUUAAGAAGGAGGGCUUUAGAGGAACUGCUCAAUCUACACUAGGAAUGACUGCUACUUGCAUCUUUAAUUCCAUGAAUUGAAUUUUUUAUAUUUCCUAACAUUUAGAUUAUGCACCUCAAGAUUGAAUUUUGUUUUUUUAAUUGUUAAUAGGGAUUCUAAUAUUUGAUUAAUUGUUUAUUGAACUUUACAAUUUGCUUCUUACAAUAAUGGUAUAUAUUAGUAUAUUUGUUUGUUUCAUUGUUAAUUAAAUUAUUUUAUUCUUAUUUAAGAACUAAAAAGUUCAAAAGAUAUAUACAGUCACAAAUAAAAUAUUUAUUAUUGGUGAACUAUCAGACUUCAUGUUAAAAUUGCAAGAAUGGAAACAAUGACAACAGAAACAAAUUAUGAUAAAAUGAGAAAGUCUUCUUUUACAUUAACAGUAAUUGUGCCUAGUAUCAAGCUCUAUAAAUAGAAUUCAAUAUAUAAUAUUGAUGACUUUGUAGUUACUUAUUUAUUAGCUUCAAAUUGAAAAUUAGGACUAGAACAAAUUGUUUUCUUGCCAAUUAAGAGAUAUAUAAAUAAUAUUUAAACUAUAUUCUUUGACUGGUAAUCAAUUUAAGGAUUUUUGUACUUAAUAAGCUAAAAUUAAUUGUUUUGAUAUCCAUCUCAUUGGAUAAUUUAUUUAGAAUAGUAAUUUUCAAAAGGCAAUUCAAUGCUUUAAUUAAUGUUUCUUUAGAUUCUUCAAGGUUGUAUUACCAAUGGUAUAGGAUUCAAAUUCAAUAUUUUAUAAGGGUAUUGUUGAUGUUGCUAUGGAAGGGUUUCACCCCCUUGUUGUAUUUCAAAGGUUCAACACUUACUAGUAGGUGCCUAGAUCUAGAAAAGUGAAAAUAAAAGAAAAAUAUAUUUAUAUACUAACUUUUUCAAAUGGGGCUUGCCAUGCCUAAAUUAGCAUCAGUGACAAAAACAUGAAAAUUAACUUCUUGAUAUAUCCAUAUUCUCCACAUACAGGGGUGGCGCCAGGAUUUUCCCAAUGGGGAGGGGGGGGCUGAUGUCCCCGUCGAGAACAAAGUGGACAUGGUGGGGCUUCGCUCAAAAUAUGUAAAGUGGUCCAGGGGGCAAUGCCCCCCCCCCAAAAAAAAAAACAAUUUGGCAAUUUAAUGUUUUGAAAUGCUUAUUUAAUCUAUUUUAAUAUGUAGAAAUUACAUAUAAUUAUUCCCCCCCCCCCCCAACGAAUUGUCGAAUUGUGGUUUUUCUCCCUGACAGUGGGGCUCUAGCUUUCCCUAACCCCCUCCCCACCCAGUAGUGCCACCACUGUCCACAUAAUAAGCUAAAAAAUGAUGGGUAACUGGAAUUGAUUUACUAUUGCCAAAGUUAUGAGUAAAAUUAUUACAGCUUCUCUGUACUAAAGUAUACAAUACUGCCACUUUCUUAUGUUAAUUACUCAGUUUAACAUUUAGUGACAGUACGCUGGUUUUGGAAUGGCAAGCCUCAAUACUUUGUGUGGUUCUACCUAAUUUAAAAAAUUAUUUAAUAGCAUCUGCGGUCUCUACAGGUGUUCUUUGGUUUUAUCAUUGACCAAAUUUGCUUACUUAACAAGUUGUAAAUGUAAUGUAUCUACUAAUAUCUCCGAUGGCUGUGUAAUUAUGUAUACACAUAUCUACACACACAAGGCCUAACUAAAAAUAUAAUUUCUCAUCUGAAUAUUUUGAAUAUAGAGGAGGCUGAUAUUAGCUGUAGGCUUUUCAGGUGAAGUUGUUAUGCUGGUGUUACACAAAUCUACACAGGCAAAAGUAGAGAAAUAUGAAAAUUACUAAUACAGUAUUAUAAUACAGGUCUACCUACAAUUAAAAACCAAUCUUAGGACCAGGGUUUUCAGACUUUAGCAGCUUUGAUCAAUAAUUAGAAAAAAAUAAAAGUGGUCUUUAAUUAGAGGGAGACCUGUAUUCAAUUUCAGCGACUAUGAAUUUAGUUGUCUCUGAGCGCCCAAUAGCUACCAUACUACUACAGUAUGCUACAUUUCUUUAAUAUACAUUAACUGUUUUUUUUUUUAUAGAUUUCAAUCUAGUAGUUAUUAAAAUGUUUAGAAUAUUAUUUCUAUUGUAUUGAUAAAAUGAGAUUGUAAAUAUUUUCACUGCUUUUAAUAUUAUGCUAAGAGAUUGAUCAUAAACACCAAAAAGAAAGUGUUCGAAAAUUGUUUAACCUUUUAAUUUAUAUUUUCCAAAGGUGGAUAUUGCAAUUAAAAUUAUCAAUACUAA